GUUUUCUUUUCUAUUCAUCUAUACAUCUUACCAUGCUCGAAGCUCGUCUCCAACAAGCCAAACUUCUCAAAUCUCUUCUUGAAGCUGUGAAAGAACUUGUGACUGAAUGUAACUUUGAAUGUAAUGACUCUGGUAUUGCUCUUCAAGCAAUGGAUAACUCUCAUGUUGCUUUGGUUGCCAUGUUAUUACGUUCUGAUGGUUUUGAUCCUUAUCGUUGUGACCGUAACUUGCCCUUGGGUAUCAAUUUGACUAACUUGGGUAAGAUCUUAAAGUGUGCUCGUAAUGAUGAUAUCUUGACCAUUAAGGCUGAUGACGAUGGUGAUGUGUUGACCAUGAUCUUUGAAAGCAAAGACAGUGACAAAGUGAGUGAAUAUGAUCUCAAGUUGAUGGAUAUUGAUAGUGAACACUUGGGUAUUCCUGAAACUGCCUAUGAAGCUGUUAUCACGAUGUCUUCUGCUCGUUUCCAAGAAAUCUGUCGUGAUUUAUCAAGUCUCAGUGACUCCGUGACUAUUGAAUGUACAAAGGAAGGUGUCAAGUUCUCUAGUGAUGGUGAAAUUGGUAAAGGUGCUAUCACUUUGAAGGCCAGCAGCAGUGUGGAUGAUGCUGAUGAUGCUACUGUGAUUGAACUCCAACAAGCUGUUGCCAUGACAUUCUCUAUUAAAUACCUUGUCAACUUUACAAAGGCUACUCCUCUUUCUGGACGUGUUAGUUUGAGCAUGUCUGCAGAUGUUCCUCUUUUGGUUGAUUAUAAACUUGAUAAUUUGGGCUAUGUUCGAUACUAUUUGGCUCCCAAGAUUGGUGAUGAAGCUUAAAUUGUACAAAAUAAAAUUUAUUUUUUUAAUCUAUAAG